AUGGCGUACGAAAAAGAACUUCAAGUAGCGCAGCUAGCGGUUGCGCGCGCCGCAAUCCUCACCAAAGCGGUGUUCCAUGAAAAAGCGAAAGGAACAGUAUCCAAAGACGACAAGUCGCCCGUGACGAUCGGCGACUUUGGCGCGCAAGCACUCAUCAUCGCCGCGAUUAAGCACAACUUCCCCUCGGACGAAGUGGUGGGCGAGGAAGAAGCAUCGUCGCUGCGCGAGCAGAAGGAUCUCUCGUCCACGAUCUGGAAUCUAGUCAAGGAUGUGAAACUCGACGACCCGGAAAGCGACGCCCUGCUCGGCGGGCCGAUCCGGUCGGAGGCCGAAAUGCUCGACAUCAUCGACAUGGGCAACAGCGCUGGCGGGAACAAGGGACGCAUUUGGGCUCUCGACCCCAUCGACGGCACCAAAGGCUUCCUCCGCGGCGGGCAGUACGCCGUGUGUCUGGCGCUGAUUGUGGACGGGGACGUCAAAGUCGGCGUGCUGGGGUGUCCGAAUCUGCCCAUCGACGACCGCGAGCCGUUGACCGAAGACAUGGGCGCGGCCGCCAGCGACGCUGAAGGGAAAGGUGUAUUGUUUUCCGCCGUGCUGGGCCAGGGCGCGACGUCGCAGCCGCUCACGCGUCGUGGAGCCAGCACCGACAGCACUGGGGUGCGGCCGAUCCACGUCAGCAAGAUCUCCGAUGUCAGCGAGGCCGUCAUGUGCGAGAGCGUUGAGCCCGGCCACAGCUCCAAGGGCGACAACGCUCUCAUUGCCGAGAAGCUCGGCAUCACGCGCAAACCCGUCCAGAUGGACAGUCAGGCCAAAUAUGGCUCCGUGGCUCGCGGCGCCGGCGACCUCUAUCUUCGUCUACCCGUGCGCAAGGACUACAUUGAGAAAAUCUGGGACCAUGCCGCUGGCGAUCUGAUCGUGCGCGAGGCCGGUGGCCAGGUCACUGAUGUCGCGGGCAACAGACUCAACUUUGGCCUGGGCAGGACGCUGACGGAGAACAAGGGCGUCAUUGCCGCGCCGGCAAAUGUCCAUGCCCAGGUCCUUAAAGCGGUCCAGGAGGUCUUGAACAGCAAAUAG